CUCAGCUUGUCGAGCAGCAAGUUUGCAGCAUGGAAGAAUUCAACUCCUCUCUGGUCCCCUUUAACAUCUCCUCCACUCCUGAUCAUCCAUCUACUGCCUCAUGGGUCUCCCUCCGUUUGGUCCCAGCGGUGGUGCUGUCCAUCUGCUUCUUGUUGGGAGUUCCUGGGAAUAUUGCUGUGAUCAUCCUCAAACCAAACUGGCAGCACCUGUCCAGUCUGAGUCAGAGUCUGAUGCUGAAUUUGGCCAUAUCAGAUCUGAUCUGCCUGCUCCCCCUGCCUCUGUGGAUUUACACCUUACUGUACAGCUGGACUCUCGGCCUGGUGGCCUGUAAGCUUCUGGCGUAUCUCAUGUACUGCAGCCUCUAUUCUAGCAUGCUUUCGGUGACAUUGCUGAGUGUCCAGCGCUACCUACAGGUGGUGCACCUGCAGAACAUUUUUGAUCGUGUAGGAAAGAGGAGGCUUCUGGUUCUGCUCUGGCUGGUUACCGUGAUCCUGUCUAUUACUGCUUUAGUGAUCCGACAGGUGAUCAAAGACCAGCAUAGGACAUCCUGCACAGGUUCCUACGCUCCCCCUUCCCAGCAGGUGGCCGUGCUGCUGUCAGAGUGCCUCAUAGGAUUUGUUUCAAUUUCUGUUGUGGCCUUUUCAUACAUUGGUGUCCAGAGAAAAGUGAACCAGGCAGCUUUCUUCAACAACCCACAGACGACCCGGCUCAUCACAAGUAUCAUUGUGACCUUUUUUGUCCUAAGGAUGCCGUAUUACAUCACAAACGUACUUGGUGUGGCAGCUAUUCUGCUAAAAAAUGACGGCCUAUGGAAGUUUUGCUUGAACAGCUGGAACAUUUUUGGCGCAUUGGUAUUUGUGAAUAGCUGCCUUAAUCCCCUCCUUUAUGCUUUUGCUUUAAAAAACAUGUGCACUCUAUGCGGAGAAAGGGAACAUUAGUGCUGUUGGUUAUGCAAAGAUGCUGAUAUUAGAGUAGCCUCUCACCAAACUUUCAAGUUGUUGUAGCUAUAUUUCACACAGACGCAGGAUCUUGAAUGAAAAAGAACAUUUCUCUUUACUAACUCUCAG